AUGGUACUAACCGAAGAAUGCAGUGCCAUCAUCCAGUAUAAAUUGCCCCAGAAAUUGAAGGAUCCUAGGAGCUUCCAAAUUUGUUGUAUCACAGGGGAAAUCACAGCAGAAAAGGCUUUAUGUGAUUUAGGAGCUAGCAUAAAUCUGAUGUCUUUAGCAAUGAUGAGGAAAAUGAGGAUUGAGGAGGCCAAACCAACGAGAAUGGCCCUGCAACUAGCAGACCGAUCAUUCAAGUUUCUUCACGGAAUAGUAGAAGACUUGUUGGUGAAGGUGGGAGACUUUAUCUUUCCAGCAGACUUUGUAGUGUUGGAUUUGAAGGAAGGAGCCAAGACUUCUAUCGUCUUAGGCAAGCCAUUUUUAGCCACUGCCAGAGCCAUCAUUGAUGUCCAAAAGGACUCGGUGGAUGCUGUAGUGCAAGAGACUCUUGAAGAAGAAGAAAUUGAGGGGUUAACAGAAGAAGAGGAAUCAGCAUCAAGUGAAGAGGUUGCAACAGCUGAAACUCAUGUUCAGUGCACACUAGAGAGGAAGGAUGAAAGAAAAGAAGCACCCAAACUUGAACUAAAGGCACUGCCGCCCACUCUCAAGUAUACAUACUUAGGAGAGAAUGAAAGCUAUCCAUUAAUGUUGGUUCACAAGGCACUCUGGUUUGCAGAUAUUGCCAAUUUUAAGGCAGCUGGUGACUUACCUCCUAUAAUCAACAAACAUCAAAGAAGAAAACUCAUCAAUGAUGCUAAAUAUUUCAUCUGGGAUGAGCCAUAUCUCUUCAAGAAAUGCUCAGAUGGAAUCCUAAGGAGGUGCAUUUCAGAAGAAGAGGGACGAGAGGUCCUAUGGAGUUGCCAUAGUUCUAGUUUUGGAGGUCAUUUUGGAGGAGAAAGAACCGCAGCAAAGGUGCUAUAA